AUGCCUCCUAAAAGAAUUUUAACACAGGAAGAUGCAGAAAACGUUAAACGCAGAAGAAAAGAAACUCAACGUAUACGACGGACACAUAUGACUGAACAACAAAGGGUAACUCUACGCAAAAAGGAUUCUUCAAAAAAACGGAUUUGUAGGGCCAAUAUGACUGCUCAGGAAAAAUGUCUCCAACUGGACAUGCAAAGAUCACGUUCUGCUGCACGUAGAAAAAAAAAAAAAAAUAGUACUAACAUCAACCAUUCAUUAUUUAAUGAAGACAAUGUCCCGAUGCACACAUGUGGUCAACUUAAUGUUUAUUGCAAAUUUUGCAUGGCAAAGCAUUUUCCAGAGGAACAACCAAGCGAUAAGCUUUUUAAUAAAUGCUGCAAUAAAGGAAUAAUAACAUUACCUCAUAUACAAAUUUCACCACUGAUCCAACAACUAAUGACUGGACAACACACACAUUCAAAGAAUUUUAUGCAAAAUAUCCGUUCUAUAAAUAGUGCAUUGGCGUUUGCAUCAAUGGGAGCAAACAUUGCACCACCUCCAGGAUAUGGCCCAUACUGUUUUAGAAUAAAUGGCCAAAUUUAUCACCGAUCUGGUGCUUUGCAUCCAGAAAAUGAUGAUCAACGCAAAUUUGCACAACUCUACAUUUUGAGUCCUGAGGAAGCUGCGGACCAACGAGCAGCACUAAAAGAAAAUUCAGGAUGUCACAUUGAACUUUUGAGGGAGUUAAGUUUAUAUAUGUCUCAGUAUAACCCUUUUGCAAAAGCAUGUAAAAUGCUCUAUGAGGUAGAGCAAGAAUGCAUCCAUGAAGCAUCUUUAAAUGGAGUUCAAAAUUCUAAAGUUUCAAUGGUAAUUCUGCAGGACAGAACAUCAGAUUACCGAAGAUAUAACGUACAAAGAGUUAAUGAGGUUGCUGUUAUUUUCCAAAAUUCUGAUGGUGAACCUCCUCUUGAACGUGACCUUCUUAUUCAUUGCCGAUCUACAGAUCAAACAAAAAAAACUGAAAGAAUAAGUGUUUUAGAUCCUAAUCUUGAACCAUUGCUGUAUCCUUUGUUGUUUCCAUAUGGGGACCAAAGUUGGGGUUCCAAUAUUGCUCUUAACUACAGGCCAACAUCAAUUAGUGAUGUACAAAGAAGAGUAACCACCAAUCCAAGGAUAAGAGUUAGCCAAAUGAAAUACUACUCUUACAGAAUUUCAAUUAGGGAUCAAUUCAAUCUUUUCCUUAGUGCUGGCAAGUUGACGCAGCAGUACUUUGUUGAUGCUUAUGUCAAGACUGAGGCCAACAGACUCAACUAUAUCCGUCAAAAUCAAUCUAAUCUUCGCAUUGAAAAAUAUACAGGAUUAAUGGAUUACAUUCAAAGUGAGGCUGCUGCACAGGGCCUGAUGCCUGGAAAAGCAGUUAUUUUGCCAUCAUCUUUUCAGGGAAGUCCACGAAAUAUGGCCCAAAACUACCAUGAUGCUAUGGCCAUUGUUAGAGAAUAUGGAAAACCGGAUUACUUCAUCACCAUGACCUGCAACCCUAAAUGGCCUGAGAUACUUGAUAACCUAUUAGAAGGUCAAGCAGUGGAGUUCAGACCAGAUUUGGUAGCAAGAGUUUUCAAUCUCAAAUUAAAUUCUCUUUUGAAUGAUAUCUUGAACAAACAUGUUCUUGGAAGUCCUUGCGCAAAAGUGCAUGUAACAGAGUUUCAAAAAAGAGGAUUACCACAUGCUCAUAUCCUUUUAAUAUUGAAAGCCGAAGACAAGCCAAAUGAUGCUGAAACCAUUGACACUUUUAUAUCAGCUGAAAUUCCUGAUGAACAGAUUUAUCCAAGACUACAUGCUAUUGUAAUAAAGCAUAUGAUACACGGUCCAUGUGGAGAACAUAAUUUAAAUUCUCCAUGCAUGGUUGAUGGUAAUUGCAGCAAGAAUUUUCCAAAAAAUUUUCAAAAAGAAACUUUAAUUAAUGUUGAUGGAUAUCCGCGAUAUCGUAGACAAAAAAAUGACACCACUGUAAUUGUCAAAGGGAAAAAAAUUGACAACUCAUGGGUAGUUCCAUAUAGUCCAUACUUCUGCUUGAAAUACAACUGCCAUAUAAAUGUAGAGAGUUGUGUUUCUGUUAAAAGUGUUAAAUAUCUCUUCAAAUAUGUAUAUAAAGGUUACGAUUGUGCAAAUAUUUCCAUUAAGGAACAUAAUACACUACAGCAUGAUGAAAUUCAAAAUUUUUUGGACACAAGAUAUGUCAGUGCUCCUGAAGCUGUUUGGAGGUUGUAUGGUUUUUUGAUGCACCAUCAAACACAUACAAUAAUAAGACUUCAAGUUCAUCUUCCAGGCGAACAAGAUGUAUAUUUCCAUAAUGAAAACGUACAAUUAGCUGCAGAAAAGGCACAAGACAGGGAUACCACUUUGACAGCAUACUUUAAGUUGAAUGUGGAUAAUAAUGCGGCACGUGAACUUUUUUACUUUGACAUUCCUCAACAUUUUGUAUUUGAUUUAAAAAACCGUAAGUGGAAUCCAAGACAAAGAGGAGCAGAUACAACAAUUGGCAGAUUGUAUAAUGUAAAUAUUUCAUCAGAUUUGGAGAGAUUUUGUUUGAGGUUAUUGCUCUUGCACUUAAAAUGA